UCUAAAAUAUGAGAGCGAAACCCUAACCGUCCCGGCAACUUCAAUCUCCUCCGUCACAUUGCAGAAAUGGCAUCCGAAACGCAAAAUUACAAGCAAAGACCACUAAAUCAGCCCCCGCCUCCGACGGCGCCCAGAAAGAAGUGGUCGAUCGACGAUUUCGAGAUCGGGAAACCCCUCGGAAGGGGCAAAUUCGGCCGGGUCUACCUUGUCCGUGAAGUCCAGAGCAAAGUGAUUGUGGCGUUGAAGGUGAUUUUCAAAGAGCAGAUAGAGAAGUACAAGCUGCACCAUCAGCUCAGGAGAGAGAUGGAGAUCCAGAGCAGUCUCAGUCACCCAAAUAUCUUGAGACUCUACGGCUGGUUUCAUGACGACGAGAGGAUUUUCCUGAUUCUGGAGUAUGCUCAUGGAGGGGAACUCUAUAAAGAACUCCGUAAAUGCGGCAGAUUCUCAGAAGUUCAAGCCGCCACUUACAUUGCAAGCCUUGCGCAGGCACUGGCUUAUUGUCACAAGAAAGAUGUGAUUCACAGGGACAUAAAGCCGGAGAACCUUUUACUGGACCAUGAGGGUCGAUUGAAGAUUGGGGACUUUGGGUGGUCAGUGCAAUCCAGAAGCAAGAGACACACAAUGUGUGGGACGUUGGACUACUUGGCACCCGAAAUGGUGGAGAACAAAGCUCAUGAUUAUGCAGUUGAUAACUGGACUCUGGGCGUUCUUUGCUAUGAGUUCUUGUAUGGUAUGCCUCCGUUUGAGGCUGAAACCCAGAAGGAUACAUUUAGAAGGAUAAUGAAGGUUGACCUCAACUUCCCCUCCACCAUUUAUGUCUCUUCACAAGCAAAGGACCUCAUUAGUCGGCUUCUUGUGAAGGACUCUUCAAAAAGGCUGUCUCUUCAGAAGAUCAUGGAACAUCCUUGGAUUGCAAAGAAUGCUAACCCCAAGGGAGCCUGCUGGAGCUGAAGUUUUUUUUUGUUCCUCCAAGCAGUAGAUGAGACUGGUUCUUUUAUGGCACAACCACACAAGAGGGGAUUUGUUGAAUGCAUAUAUGUCCAUACAUUGCCCUUCUUUUUCCUCUUGUAUUAUUACUUGGCUUCUGUUGCAUUUCUUUAAUUGUUCCUCGCCAAAAUUUGUAUAAAUGUCUUGUACAACAUGUACUCAUUGUGCUCGAUUAUUCUGUUGCAUUUUCUAAUUGUAUUGCAAAUCACAAGGCCAAACUCUAAAUUUUAUUUUAGGGGCUAAAAUGGGUUUUG